AUGUCCCUGAGCCCACUGCCUCGCCUGUUGCGGGCAAGGACUCUGUCCAGAGCGCUGCAAUGCCUUCCCGUCACCGUUGCGAGAAACGGACCCCCGCGCCCUUUCCACUCAACCCACGACAACCUUACCGAUGGCGUAUACAAGGAACUCACUGAAAUGCGAGUCCGGAUGCCUUGGAUUGAGGCGCUGCGCAGGAAAAGAGAGCAGGAAAACAACCCUACCAUAUCCGAUGUUGAACCUGUCAAGCCCGACCUGACUCCAAAGAAGAUGUCAGAUAGUUACGUCAAGAUGGUUCUGCCCUUGGCUCAAGACCCGUGGCUGCUGGAUGCAUAUGCGAAUUAUACCGGCCAGAUCCGCACCGGCAGUUUACUUAUGGACUUGGAUGCGUUGGCUGGAGUUGUGGCAUACAAGCAUACCGGUGAGGGUGUGAGCAAUGUCACCGCCGCAGUGGACCGGAUCACCAUCAAGAAUCCCAUUCGAGAAAUCUGUGACUUGGAAUUGAGUGGACAGGUCUCAUUCGCGACCGGCAGGAGUAGUAUGGAGGUGACACUGCAGAUUUCCAAAGCACCCAAGGAAGGUCAGAAGCCGGCACCGGAGGAUGUCUUCAUGACAUGCGCUUUCACUAUGGUCGCGUUGGACCCGACGACCAAAAAGCCGGUGAACAUUGCCCCCUUGGAAGUCACCACACCGGCCGAAAAGGCUCUGUUCGCCAAAGGAGAGGAGAAUUACCAGAAGAAGAAGAAGAACAAGUCUUCGCACAUUCUGGCCAAACCUCCUGAUGCCGACGAGUCCGCACUCAUCCACAAGAUGUGGACCGAGUCCAUGGCGUACCUGGAUUCUACCAAUCCAAAGCAUCAGCCGCCCAACGUCCAGGCCAUGUCCAAGUCGAUGAUCCACAGCACUCAGAUCAUGCAACCGCAAAACAGAAAUCGACACGACUUUAUGAUCUUUGGAGGCUUCCUGCUGAAAACCACCUUUGAGCUCGCCUUCACUUGUGCCGCUUCGUUCUCCCACACCCGCCCUCGAUUUCUAAAUCUCGACCCGAGCACAUUCGAAGAGCCAGUUCCGGUGGGCUCUGUCCUGUAUGUUUCGGCUAGCGUGUCAUACACCGAACCGGACCCGUCGGGCGGCACCCGCAUUCAAGUCAUGGUCCGCACGCACGUGAGACCUGUUGAGCAUCAAGACAAGGAGAGGAAGUCCACGGGGACAUUCUUCUAUACCUUUUUCUCGCCCGACAACGUCAGUGUCCUGCCUCAGACGUACGGUGAGUUCAUGGAAUGGGUUGCCGGAAGAAGGAGGGCCCAGGACCUCGCCGCCACGCUCGAGGCCGAUCAGCAUCCUCUGCUUGCGAGCUUGCACACCGAGGCUAUGAACGAGUGA